AUGCGAGACAAUGCCUCCAGUACCUCGCUAUUUGCAUUGAAGAAGAGCUCCGCUCGGUGUUCGUCACUCAGUGGCACAGCCUUCGCCAUGCACUUGAACCCGUUCACUUUGCCUGAGGUAAGCCGCAGUAUCUCCUGCAGGAACACGAUAAGGAAGGCCUCAAGCUUCUUGCUUCUCUUCACAAAGAUGUCAACAUGCUCGCCGGGCUACAACUCCGACUUGCAGCCAAAGCGGAACCGCACGCGCAUUUCGUAUUUCUCCGCGCCGUUGUGGAGGUUCCGUGAGCCGUCGUCCGCGAUGAUUUUGUAA